AUGCGUCACCGGAGUUCUGUUCCAGAUGAAAGGGAGCCAAAAAAAGGCCGUGUGAGUGCUUUUGAGAAAUCAUUGAAAAGUUAUGCUGAUAACAAGUCCAAUGUUGUUAUCAAUCCAGCAGUAGGCGUGUCUUUCGACUCCCAUGCUGAUGCGUAUGACUUUUGCAACCUGUAUUCCUGGGAGGUGGCGUUUGGAAUACGAUGGAAUGACAGCACUAAUAAUGCAGAGGAAAGUGUUAUGGUGCAAGAGAUAGUCUGCAGCUGUGAGGCGAGUAGAUAUGUUCAGCUUAUGGUUCCAUCGGGCAAACCAGAGCUGUCCAACACUGCACCUGUAAGUACUGAUUGCAAGGCUAGGAUACAGCUACGCAAAUCUGAUGACAAUGGAUGGAUGCAAUAUGCACAUUUUGGUGAUGCCAUAACAUUUGAUACAACAUAUAGAAGUAAGCUGUAUGACAUGCCUUUUGCCUUGUUUGUUGGUGUUAAUAAUCACUACCAAAGUGUCAUACUAGGAGGAGUGCUGAUGCAACAUGAGACAGUUGAAAGUUUCAAAUGGGUGUUCCGUGAGUUCGUUACUUUAAUGGGGGGUAAAGCUCCAAGUACUAUUCUCACAGGCCAAUGUAAUGUGAUGGAGGUUGCAAUCCAUGAGGUGCUACCAGAUACGACUCACAAAUGGUGUAAGGUGCAUGUACUGAGCAAGGAGAAUGAAUUCCUUGGGCCGAUUUGCUCAAAGAAGAGUGGAUUUAAGGACGACUUCCAAAAGAUCACUGAUAGCAUGUUGACUGUUAGAGAGUUCGAAUCUGCUUGGCAGCAUCUUCUAGAUAAGUACAACUUGCAUGGCAAUGCAUUCCUUUCUCAGAUUUAUGAUUCUCGACAUAAAUGGGCGAAGCCCUACUUCAAAGGGAAGUUCUGUGCCAAACAGACUAGUAUGCAAAGAAAUGAGUGCGCGAACCACAUGUUUAAGGGUUAUGUGCCACUGAAUAGAUCUAUCAACAUGUUUGUACGACACUACAACAAGCUCCAAUCUGAUCUUGAUUCAAAGGAACGCUUUGAGGAGAGUAGGAGUGGGAAGAGGUCCAGAGUUAUGAGAAAGGGAGUUCCAGUUGAAGAGCAUGCUGCAAAGAUCUGUACAAGGACUAUGUUUGAAAAGUUUGACGAAAUAAGUUUCCAGUCUGGUUCUUAUGUGGUGGAUGAAAAGGAGAGAGGGAAGACAUAUUUAGCAAGGCACAUCAGGAGUGACUGCCAGGAGUGUUGGUCACAGGUGGAGUUUGAGGUUACCAUUAGGGCUGAAGAUGGUGCAGUUGUUUGCGAGUGUGGAUUGAGGGAGCACAUAGGGAUGCCUUGCUGCCAUGCUGUGAAGGUGAUGAUACACUUGGGAAUGCUAGAGAUUCCAGCUGGAAAUAUUGUGAAGCGCUGGACGAUGGAUGCAAGGGAUAACUUGCUGGCAGAUAUGAUUGAGCAUGAGAAUGAUAAGGCAGCAGAGAGCUCAGAGUCGUAUAGACAGUCGAAGUUGUUCAUCCAUGCCUUCGAGUUUGUGAAGUUUUGUUCCAGGAGUGUUCUGACUUUUGAAGUAGGGUUGGCAGGUCUGGUUCGACUUGGGCAGGAACGUUUGUAG